AUGGAAAACUCGUCGUUCCUUGUGUCGCUUCUAAGGUACAGACGCCACAGUAAUGGUGGCAAACAAUGGGAGAGACCUGCGUGCAUCACGCAUCCGCACAACAGAGUUCAGUUCAAUACUGUCCGCAUGCAAGGUUACGGAGAAAGUCAACUAUGGACGACACGGACCAAGGUGACUGAUGCUGCUCGCUUUUCCGGGCCCCCUUUUGCGACGACGGCCUUGGCUGGCCCAUCGACAGUGCCUUACAAGACAGUCAUGCCCACAAAGUGCCGCGUCCCAAAGACGCCUGGCACGGCCAAGGCCAACACGUUCCAGUGCCCAGCCGGCAGUAACGGCAAGAAGUCUGUGGCCCAGCAGUUGCAUUCGCGCACGCCAGAGACCAAACCACACCCAGCACGCGAGGCCAAGGACAUUGUCGCGCUCAUCAAGGAGAUCAAGGCCACGGCUGAACGCAUCGCCACGGCCGCUGCGGAUACGGCGGCUACUUCCAGCUUUGGCAAGGGGAAUGACGACGACGACGACGACGUCGACCGUCCGGCCACCAGCGGAGGUGUUCGACUUGUGGCCAAGAACAAUGACGGGGGCGUGAGUGGAGGGAGUGAUUAG